GGGGGGGGGGCGUACAGAGUCAAGAAAAAUGCAGAGAACGACAGCUCUACAUCCAUUCAGGCAGAAACUUGGUCAGGCACCACAACCGAAUAUAGGAACUUAAAAAAAAAAAAAAAAAAAAAAACCACGAGAGAGAAAACAAUUACAUUUUAGAUAAAGACAGGGUAGGCUGUAACGCAGCGAGCUGGGAAUCCUUGUCGGCGCAACGGAGACUUCAAUUUUCCGUCCAAGUGAACAGCGUGUGCCGGAGUGAAUUGAAAGUACUGACCCGUUUUGCAUCCCGAGUGAGCGGACUGCCAAGCAGCAUGGCUGACAAAGUGAACGAGGAGUCAAAUAACACUCCAAGGAAAGAUGAGCUGGACUGGGGCUACGAGGAAGGUGUAGAGUGGGGGCUCCAUUACCCAGCGGCGAAUGGGGAGUGUCAGUCUCCCAUCAACUUGAACUCCAGGGAGGCCCAAUAUGACCCCUCCCUCCUGGAUGUCCGCCUGUCAUCAAACUAUGUGGUGUGUCGUGAUUGCGAGGUCGUGAAUGAUGGACACACUGUACGCAUCCUUCUCAAGUCAAAGUCAGUGGUCAGCGGCGGUCCAUUACCGAGCGAUCAUGAGUAUGAACUUCAUGAGGUUCGAUUUCACUGGGGCAAAGAGAAUCAGAGAGGAUCAGAGCACACGGUCAACUUUAAGGCUUUCCCCAUGGAGCUCCAUUUGAUUCACUGGAACAGCACACUGUUCAAUUCUCUGGAGGACGCUUUGGGCAAGAGGAACGGAGUUCUCAUUGUUGCUCUUUUCGUGCAGGUUGGUAAAGAGCAUCUGGGUCUGAAAGCCAUCACAGAGGUUCUGCAGGACCUGCAGUACAAGGGGAAGAGCAAGAUAAUUCCCUGCUUUAACCCAAACACUUUGUUGCCUGAUCCAUUACUGAGAGACUACUGGGUGUAUCAAGGAUCUCUGACAACGCCACCUUGUAAUGAAAAUGUCAUCUGGAUCCUCUAUCGCUACCCUCUCACAAUAUCGCAAUUACAGAUCGAAGAGUUCCGUAGGCUACGCUCACACGUCAAAGGCGCAGAGCUGCCAGAGGGCAACGAUGGGAUUUUGGGGGACAAUUUCCGUCCAACCCAACCACUGAGUGAUCGGACAGUUCGGGCGGCUUUCCAAUGAUUCUCUUGUUCCACUGCCAACUCCUAAAAAUAGGACGGAGAAGAGGCAAACCUGAAAGGGAAGAAAGAGGCAAUGUAAAGAAGAACAGAGGGAAGGAGAGCGCUGAAGAAGUUUGACCAUGGGUUCCAUCCAUACGUACGGCAGAUCUCCAGGCCCAAGUUAGAAAAUAAGUCACAAGUUCUCCGGUUCUUCCGUUUCAGCCCCCCCGGACCUGUUAUUUGUCAUUAUAGGCGCACUUAAAGCGAAUAGCAAUUAGGCAGCUCAUCUGCAUAUGAAAACGUGCUUGAUUAUGUUUUGAUUCAUUAUUUGAAAAAACUUCAUAAUAUGAAAAUGUCUGUGUGAUGGGUAGUACAGUUUCGGGUUAGUCAGCUCAUAUUUCUAACUAUGACGAAUGUAUGUCUAUGAAUGAGUCACCCCCUUGCCAUCUUAGGGGACAUAUGAAGGAAACGCAUACUUUUGACGUGUUGCCAUACAAACCGGCGGGUCAUUUGAAUUCACGCCGACGCAUCGAGUUGAAUAAAGCUUUUUCCUUUGGCCCAGA